UUUAUGUUUUUUUUUUUCAUUUUUAUAUUAAUGAAUAAUAGUUUUAAAUUUAUAGUAUAAUCCUUGGAUCAGCGAAGCCAUAGAUCUGGCAAAAGGUUUAAAUGGCAGAUGUCAACAAACCCGGAGAAAAGAAGUUUCAUCCAUAUGAUGCCCGUGAUGUGGAAAAACCAUUAUCCAAUUGCGAUGCUCUAUUUUCGCUGGUGAAGUGUGUGGUCGGAUCCGGCUGCUUGGCCCUGCCGCUCGCCUUCUACCGUGUAGGCUAUAUAGGAGGCAUCCUUAUGACGAUAUUUAUGACAGCCGUAUUAAUUUUUGGCCUGCAACUACUGGUACGUUGUAUGGUAGAGUCUAGUCGACAGAAUAUGGUCGGUUAUAUGAACUUUCCAGAGACAAUGACAUAUGCAAUUAGUGUAGGGCCGAAGUUCUGCCAAUGUCUCUCAAAGUGUGCUGGACAUUUCGUGAAUGGUAUUCUGAUAUUCUUCCACUAUGGUGUGUGCGUGGUUUAUAUCGUGUUUGUCAGCAUAAAUGUGAAGCAAGUUGUUGAUUAUAAUUACCACGAACGUAUAAAUACCAGGAUUUAUUGUUUCAUAGUAGGGACACUAUCAUUACCACUAUUUUCAUUGCGGCAUCUGAAGUAUUUGGUGCCCACGAAUAUAUUAGCUACUCUUUUGAUGUACACUGGUCUCGCAUGUAUCUUUUACUAUUUGUUUACAAAUUUACCCCCUAUUGAUGAGAUUAGGCAAUUCAAUUCCCAACUGUCUUUGUUUGUGGGCAUCAUAAUGUUUGGCACUUCGUCCGUGGGUGUGAUGCUUGCCAUUGAAGCAAAAAUGGCCACGCCAGGGUCUUAUGUGGGCUGGCUUGGUGUUCUGAACCGUUGUGCUCUGUUUGUGGCCGUCACGUAUAUUUUAAUUGGAUUCAUGGGCUAUUGGAGAUAUGGAGAUUAUGUGGCGGCUAGUAUUACCUUAAAUAUACCCAUUGAAGAAGCGCUAGCGCAGGUUGCCAAAAUGUUCAUUGCGAUAUCCGUGUUCUUCUCGUUUCCSUUGAGUGGAUACGUUGUUGUCGAUAUCGUGUGCAAUCAAUAUAUUGCAAAAAACCACAAUCCCAAGAACCCGCAUAGGAUUGAAUACAUAUUUCGCAUUUGCUUCGUGAUUGUGUGCACAGCUAAUGCAAUCGCUUUCCCCAAUUUGGGUCCACUCUUAGCUUUGGUUGGAGCAUUUUCCAUAUCGCUACUGAAUAUCAUUUUUCCGUGUUGGAUUGAGAUCUGCCUCUUGUAUCGCUCUUCAUACGGCCCUGGCAGAUGGAAACUGGUUAGAGACUUAUUGAUGCUUUUACUUGGUCUAGUUAUUCUCGGAUACGGAACUUAUUCGGCUGUCAUAGAAAUGAUCCGCGAGUAUAGUGAUAAAGCUCAUGAGAUUAAAGCUGGCAGUAGCACGGAGAUCAAAACUCCCGAGGAAAUAAAUGCAGCACAAGACGCAGCUACUCUGGAUUAUCCAAUUGUUGAUGAUGUAACUGCCUCUGGCAAAUCUCGAUUGCUUCGAGACUUUUACCUGUGACUUUAGUAAUUUGUUAAUCUUAUUUUAAUAAGAAAUAAUA